UGAUCCCAAAGCCCUCAUCAAUCUCUUCCAUCGUCGUCUCUACCAGAUCGAACAAAUUAAACAAUGGUUUUGCUCCCGAAGGAAUCCCUUGAUCUAUUCCUAGUCCCAACUGGCCUCCUCGUCAUGUUUGCUUAUCAUCUCAUCUUGCUCUAUAGAUACCUCCACACCCCUCACACCACUGUCAUCGGCUUCGAGAACAAUGACAAGAGAGCGUGGGUCGAAAAAGUGAUGCAGGCGGAGAACAAGAACGUAAGCACAGCGCUAGAUGUUUUGGCAUAUAACAACACGGGGGCUACGUUCAUGGCGACAGUUUGUUUGACGUUAAGCUCUCUGAUUGGGACAUGGAUGGCGAAUAAUUCCACCAUUUUUAUCAGCGACUUGAUCUACGGCGACACGCGGGCGGCGACCAUGGGAGUGAAGUACAUAAGCCUGCUUGUGUGUUUCUUGGUGGGAUUUUCGUGCUUCGUCCAAGCAUCAAGGAACUUCAUUCACGCUAAUUAUCUGAUCAGCAUGCCGGACAGCGACAUUCCGAUCAGCUACGUUGAGUCGGCGGUGAUCAGGGGAGGUGAAUUCUGGUCGCUUGGGCUUCGAGCUCUGUAUUUCGCCAUCACCUUGUUGUUCUGGUUUUUCGGUCCGAUUCCCAUGUUUGCUACCUCAAUGGCUAUGGUUUUGUUGCUGCAUUAUCUGGACCGGAAUACCACGCCGUUGCAUCGCCACCGAUCUUCCGACAAAGGAAAGCAACCGUCGAUGAGUGUUGAGGAAGCCUUUUUUGGUUAGAUGAAUUAUGAAUUAUGGUUUUUCUCAAUUUUGUCCUAAACGACUUUGGU